AUGGCAUCCUCAAAGGUGAGGCGGCGCGCGGGGGAGCGCCAGGCGUUGGCGUUGGCCGGUCCUGGCGAACUCCCACGCAAAACGGCUGACAAAGGCAAAAAGGGCAAACCGGGAGCCCCGGCGCCCGCAGCUGCGCCCCCGCCCCCUCCACCGCCGGACACCAAACCGGAAGACAAGAAAGACCAGGAGCCCAAGAAAAAGGAAAAGUCCGUGCAGCCCAAGAAUGAAGUGGGCACGAGGAAGGGGUGUCGCCGCUACAAGUGGGAACUCAAGGACAGCAAUAGAGAGUUCUGGGUUAUGGGGCACGCCGAGGUCAAGAUCCUGAGCUUCGGCUGCCUAAUAGCUGCAAUGAUCAUGUUCACGGGGACCACAGUGCACCCUCUCCUGACCCUCAUCAUCACCAUGGAGCUGUCCGUCUUCUGCUUCUUCUUCAUUAUCUACACCUUCGCCAUCAACAGAUACAUGCCCUUCAUCCUGUGGCCCAUUUCUGACCUUCUCAAUGACCUGUUCGCCUUCAUCUUCCUUGUGGGGGCCGUAGCCCUGGCUGUGAGAAGCCGACAAACUAUGCCCAUGAACUACUUCAUUGCUGUGAUUCUUAUCGGUGUGGCUGGACUUUUCGCUUUAAUCGAUAUAUGCCUUCAAAGAAAACAUUUCAAAGGCAAGAGAGUCAAAAGGAAUGCGCUGAUUCCCCCUCCAGGAAAGGACCAAAAAGGUGAAAAGCCAAAGGAACCAGAAAAGCCACCGGAAAAGGCACCACCAGAAAAGCCCAAGGAGAAAGGAAAGGCAGGCAAGAAAUGA